CUGAAAAGAUUGUGAAGUGCUAUUCAAUUUUAGUAACAGCUGCAGUAUAUACACACAGCACAGCUGAGCAAACAAAUCAAAGCAUGAAGAAAGGAAACUUAGGCCCUAGCCUCAAGCUCUCUCUCCCUCCUCCUGAUGAAGACUCUCUUACUAAAUUCCUGACACAAUCAGGAACGUUUAUGGAUGGAGAUCUACUAGUGAACAGAGACGGCGUUCGAAUUGUCUCCCAGACUGAUGUUCAGGCUGCACCUCCUAUACAGGCAACUGAUAAUCAGUUAAGCUUGGCUGAUUUUGAUGCUAUUAAGGUUGUAGGCAAGGGAAGCGGGGGAAUAGUGCGACUGGUGCAACAUAAAUGGACUGGACAAUUUUUUGCCUUGAAGGUCAUUCAAAUGAAUAUUCAGGAGUCUGCUCGUAAGCAGAUUGCACAAGAGCUGAAAAUUAAUCAGUCAUCACAAUGCCUCAAUGUUGUUGUAUGUUAUCAGUCUUUCUAUGAUAAUGGUGCCAUAUCUAUAAUUUUGGAGUACAUGGACGGAGGAUCUCUAGCUGAUUUUCUAAAAAUUGUCAAAAACAUUCCAGAGCCAUAUCUUGCUGCCAUCUUCAAACAGGUGCUGAAGGGUAUGUGGUAUCUUCAUCAUGAAAAACAUAUAAUUCACAGGGACUUGAAACCUUCAAAUUUGCUAAUAAAUCAUAGAGGGGAAGUGAAGAUCACAGACUUUGGAGUGAGUGCGAUUCUGGCAAGCACUUCUGGACAGGCGAACACUUUUGUUGGCACGUAUAACUAUAUGUCUCCAGAGAGAAUCAGUGGUGGUCAGCAUGGGUACAGCAGUGAUAUUUGGAGCUUGGGGUUAGUUUUGCUUGAAUGUGCUACAGGAUAUUUUCCUUAUUCCCCACCAGAGCUAGAUGAAGGAUGGAGUAAUGUUUUUGAGCUUAUGGAUACAAUUGUUAAUCAAUCACCACCUUGUGCACCUCCAGAUGAAUUUUCUCCAGAGUUCUGCUCUUUUGUUUCUGCAUGUUUACAAAAGGAUCCCAGGAAAAGACCGUCUGCUAAUGAACUCCUGAAACAUCCUUUCAUCAAUAUGUAUGAACAUCUCAACAUUGAUCUUGCUGGCUAUUUCACUGAGGCUGGAUCCCCGCUUGCAACAUUGUAAAGAACAAGUCUGAUAUCCUUAGAGCCAUGGUUUGCUCCUCUAUUGUAUGACUAUUAUAUGAUGGUGAAAUGAUAUGGUUUUCCCUCGAGCUUUUAAGACAAUAUCUGUAGCUUAAAUUUUUUUACAUAUAUUAGUGCAGCGUAAUAGUGUUUGGGUGUUGACAUUAUCAAACAAUUGUUGAGCUAUUUAUCCUAUUAUUAUUCAACUA